AUGCUUGUGAUCGAAACAGUUUAUUCUUUGCCAACGUCUAGAUCUAGUUGCAAUGAAAUCGCCGACACACUUUCAAGUCCAAUUCUAGGCAGUGUUCUUUCCCAUAAUAUUGUCUGGGGUUGCUACAGAGAUUCAAGGCGUGUGGCCAUUUCACCUGACCACGUCCGCCUCCCUCAGGAUGUAAUAUGA